GGCCAAUGAUUUUCGAGGAGUCGCACCAAAUGUAGAGGAAAACAAAAAUACGUGACCGAAAUACCUAUCCAUCUACCUACAGUGAAUGAUAUCAUAAUGCCAGGAGAACAGAACAAAGUAACACAGUAUUCUAGCGAUGAUUUACCAGAGCUAUUGUCUACGUACUAUAAAAGACUGUUUCCCUUUGGACCAUACUAUAGAUGGUUAAGCUACGGUUGUAUUCCAAAGACAUAUUUCCCUCAUCGUGAGUUCUCCUUUACAUUGAAAGAUGAUAUCUAUGUUCGCUACCAGUCAUUCAGCAAUCAGCAAGAAAUGGAGAAGGAAAUUCAGAGAUGUUGUCCAUACAAGAUAGAUAUAGGAGCUGUGUAUACCCACAGGCCUAAGGACCAUAAGACCGUGAAGGCUGCAGCAUUCCAAGCUCAAGAAAAGGAACUUGUUUUUGACAUUGAUAUGACAGACUAUGACGAUGUCAGGAAUUGUUGUCAGGGAGCAGAUAUCUGCCUCAAAUGCUGGCCUCUUAUGACCAUGGCUAUUAAAGUAGUCAACAGAGCUUUGCGCGAUGAUUUUGGCUUUGAACACAUUUUAUGGGUAUAUUCUGGUCGCCGUGGUGUUCAUUGUUGGGUUGCAGAUUCAUCGGCAAGGAAGCUAUCCCAGAAUGCAAGGACAGCUAUUGCUGAGUAUCUGAGUGUUGUCAAGGGAGGUGAAAACAAAACAAAGAAAGUCCACCUCAUAUCUGAUACUCUCCAUCCAUCUUUGAGUGAGGCCAGUAAAGUCAUCGACAAGUAUUUUCAUAAUUAUGCCAUAGAGAAUCAAGGAAUCGUUAAUGGAAAGGACAACCUCAAGAAAGUUCUACAGUUGAUACAAGAUGAAACUUUGAAGGUUAAAAUUGCCAAAGAAGUUUUACAAAUGACAGAUCCAACUGAAAUAUGGAAUAGAAUCGUUGAAAUGGUUGAGGAUGGCCUAGCAAAUUCCAGGGAUAAUAAACUGAAGCACUGUAUUCAGGAGAUCAAGAUGCAGUAUUGUUACCCCCGGUUGGAUGUCAACGUCAGUACUGGGGUAAACCAUCUCCUCAAGAGCCCAUUCUGUGUCCAUCCAAAAACUGGUCGAGUUUGUGUCCCAAUGAAUGUUGAUAAACUGGAUGAGUUCAAUCCAUUGACAGUACCUAUUAUCAGCGAAUUAAACGAUGAAAUAAACCAGAAAUUUAAAGAAAUGCAAAGUGCAGGUGAAGAUGCAACGAAACAAACAAAGGUGAAAGACUACAAAAUAACAAGUAUGGCCGACAGCGUUGAAGUUUUCGAGAAAUUUGUGAAAGGCCUUGAGGCAACAUGGCAAAGAAAGAAGAUCGAAGAAAGCGAUAAAACUGGGGAGUUUUAGGAUCAAAUAUUGGAUGUUGAAAUCAAAAUACAUCAAGAAAUGUUCUAUUAGAGAUUGGCAUCCUCAUUUAGAUAGCUGAAGAGUGACAUGACCAAAUUUGACAAACAUCUUAUUUCUGUUUUGUGUAUUUUAAAAAUAUUGGUAUUCUUUUCACUAAGACACUUAACACAUCAAUGCAAGUGGUAAUGUACUGCUUAUGUAAACAAAGUGACUUUUGAAAUGUCAAAUGUCAAUCAAUUGUAUAAAAGCCAUUGUGUUUAAUUGAUAACCUUUAAAGAACAGUCAUUUAGUUUAGAAAGUCAAUAAGCAGGUAUUGUUCCUAUAUCAUUAAUACUCAAACAUACCUUUCUAGUUGGAACUAACCUUGUUUCAUAGAAAAAAAUAUAUAUACUGUACUGUAGAUCACAAACACGAGAAUCAAAUUUUCAUGUUCUUUUUUUAAAUUUUAUUUUCUUUGUACAAUAUUUAAUGUCAUGUUUACAAGAUAUAUUAACCUAAAUCUCUCAAAAACCAAAAGCAAAUAAAGAUCACAAACAUAAGAAUCAAA